AUGCCCACAAACGUUAUGCCCAUAGACAUUACGGCCAGAGACUAUCCAAUAGAGUCGCUAGCUCUUACGGAAAAAGAAAUUGUGGAAAUAAGAACCUGUCUCUCGGCAUUCGGAUUUUCGUUGAUCAUUCUCCGAAUAUUCGAGCCGGCAUUCUACAACAUUGGCCUCGUUUUUGUUGGCUAUGGAGCGCUGAUGCUCGCAAUUGCUGCCUUGCGCCGACGGAAAAAUGGGGAUAUAUUUGAUACUACCAAACCAUUCGAAACUGGUGGGGGAUUUGUGGUUUUGACUUCGCUAUUGGCUCUCUCUACCUAUGUUGCUUUAUUGGUGUUCAUUGUCAAGCUAGAACACUGA